GGUAAUUAGAUGAAGCCCAAUAUCUUUUCUUUUUAUCUGCUGUAAGGAAAUGCUCUGAUAUGAAUCUGUCCGCAGCGUUCCUGCUUCAUUGUGCAGCGUUGACCCCUAGCUCUCGCUUCGGCUAAGGUGCCUUCAGCGAAUGCCAUAUCUUUCAAUGGAGAUAGAGUUGAAGGGACCAAGAAUCCGAAACUCAUGUUUCAGGUCAAGAAUUUCAUGUCAUUGGGAGGGCCCCAAGCUGGCUGCUCUGAUAUACAUAUUUCUGGAUAGCUUAAUCAAGUUUGAAAUCUAUAGCAACUAUGUUGUUGCAUUUGUGGAUGCGCAUAAGAGGACAAUCAGACAAGAAAGCUGCUUAAGCCGAAGAAGGUUUUAUUUUUCUAGUGAUGCUUGGGCAAAGCUCCAAGCUAACGUACUGGGAGCAAUUUCAUUAGCCUGCUCGAGCGGAACUUGCUGAUGAUUUUAAGCCCCAAGCUCCUCAAACAAAUUCCCAACACUUGAAAUCUAUCAUCAUCAUAUAACAUUCUUUUUAAGCUGGCCACUCUGAAACGUCU